UUGCGAAAGUCGUACUGCUAUUUUUUCAGUUAUUAUGUAUUUGUAUUAAUGUAAAUUAUAAUUGAAAAUGUAUUCACCAACAUAUAUGUUCGUUUUAUCAUAACAAUAAAUUAAUAACAGUCCAUCGCGAGAGUUCGCGAUGGAUGUGCCGGAUGAAGGUGUUUUGGAUGUGGAUUUGUUAGGGGACGAAGGUUCCGAGGAUGAGGGAGAAGGAGCGCCCCCGAGUUCUGACUUCUACGCGGGUCCGGCGUCGACGCCAACGUCCUGCGCGUCGUCGCCGCGGGGCGAGGAGCCCGCGUCGCCGCACGGGGGCGCGGCGACGGCGCCCGCGUUCUUCCACCACCAGCCGUAUGCGCGGCCCUUCUUCACCUCGGGCCGCCGGCCCGGCAGGCCGAGGAAGGAAGGCGCCAAACUGGCUAGAGAGGGCAAGAUUGUCAGAAGGUACCGAGGCGGGGGUGCUGGCUCAGUCCGAGGGGCUAAAAGACACCGAGGCAGCCGAGAUGACGCCCUUGAUGACAUGAUAGAUGAGGAUGACUUCACUAUGCCUGCUCCUGAAGAACCACCUUUUAUGCCUGAGAAAUGGCCAGGCAAAGCUUGCGCUCUUUGCAACUUGACGGAGCGCAGCCAGCUAGGCCAGGGCGAGAUGCGUCAGUUCCUCUGCAACAUCGAGGGUGGAGAUGGCAGCACCACACCAAAUGUACCUAGUGGGGGGACCACUCCUAACCCUACUCCGAUUAGUACUCCAACCACCCCCUUGACCCCUGGUUUAGCCUCCCCACCCCCUGAGCUUGUGGACCCAAAUCAACAUCCAUUGGCGUUGCCGCUUAGUAGAAGGCAGAAAGCGUUUAACAAGUGCAAAACACCUUUACACAACAUGGAGCACAUAGAUGAACUCUCUAUCAUCGGACAUGUGGAGUCCAUUGAGCUCCCUGCAUUGGUCAGUUCUGGGGCCUUCUACGUUCACCGCUGCUGCCUUGAGUUCAGCCCGCCGUUCCACGAUCAGGUCGCUGCCUCGGCAGAAGAAGAUAAGGAACUUCUAGAAGAGUCCCGCGUGCGGGGCAUUGUGACAACCGCGUUGACGCGAAAAUGUGCCUUUUGCACUAGACACGGUGCAAGCAUUCCUUGUAAGAUGAGUUGCAGUAAAUACUUUCACCUGCCCUGUGUUCUCGCUUCCGGAGGUUUCAUGGACUUCCAGACCAAGUCUUCGUUUUGCAAGGACCACUUGUAUCAAGUGGCUGUUAUUUGUACAGCAGACAUCGACUGCCGGACGUGCCGAGCCGUCGGCGAUAUAUUCAACCUCAUGACAUGCGUCACUUGCGGCGCGCACUAUCACGGGACUUGCGUGGGCCUCGCACAGUUGCCAGGUGUACGAGCGGGCUGGUCGUGCCGCUCGUGCCGAGUGUGCCAAGUGUGCCGCGGGGAGAGCGCUUCCGGCGUGCCCACCACCGACUCUCGCGCCGUCACCUGCGAGCACUGCGACAAGAUGUACCACGCCAUGUGCCUGCGGCCGCGCAUGGCCACCGUGCCCAAAUACGGCUGGAAGUGUAUGUGCUGCCGCAUCUGCUCCGACUGCGGCGCUCGUUCCCCUGGCGCGGGCCCGUCGUCCCGAUGGCACGCGCACUACACUGUGUGCGACUCGUGCUACCAACAACGCAACAAGGGCAGUUGCUGUCCAUUGUGCAGGCGUGCUUACCGCGCCGCUGCUUACAGGGAUAUGAUCCGGUGUAUUACUUGCAAGAGAUACGUCCACGGCAUGUGUGACCCCGAAGCCGAGCCGCAGCAGUACCGGCUGAAGAAAGAGCAAAACCCGCAGUACGAUUACAACUGUCCCAUCUGCAAGACGCAAAUGCAGAUCACUGGUUCCAAACUUGGCUCUUUCGAGGACGACAACGCGGCUUCCACGUCUCAGGACUCCUCGUUCGGUGACGAGACUCCGCAGCAGGAACAGGAUCCUCUCGCUAUUGAACCUAAGCCGGACGUCGGCCUGGGCAAAGGCAAACCAUACACGGUUUCCUCCAAAGUAGCGAAGAAGAAAAUGGGCGGCUACAAAUUCAAAGGCGGGAUGCACCCUGCCAAACUGGGCUUCCAGAAGAGAGCGAGAUCGGUGCUGGACUUCGGCCGGAAGAGGGGAACCAAACCCAAGAUGAGAGGGGUUUUUGGAGUACCUGGACUGGGGCUUCAGAGACCACAAGCCCCAGACAAUAAGACGACCGAAGAUGAUCCAGGCGUGGAAAACAAGCUUGUGCUAUGUUCCAGCAAAGACAAGUUUGUGCUGACUCAAGAUUUGUGCGUCAUGUGCGGUGCCGUGGGUACAGAUUCCGAAGGGUGCCUUAUCGCUUGCUCGCAGUGCGGGCAAACUUCUCAUCCUUACUGUGUUAAUAUUAAGGUAUCUCAAGUAAUAGUAACAAUGGGCUGGCGCUGCAUCGACUGCACCGUCUGCGAGGGUUGCGGUAACCGCGGCGACGACGGUUUACUAGUGCUAUGUGACGACUGCGAUACUGCCUGGCAUACUUAUUGUGCAAGACCUCAGUUGGCUGAGGUGCCGAGAGGAGCUUGGCGGUGCGAGAGGUGUAGAAAGUGUCUUACUUGCGGGACCAGGGAGACUACUGCUUGGUGCGAGAACUACACAGAAUGCGGACCCUGCGCGUCGCUAGUGAUGUGCUGCGUGUGUUCGGAGCCGUAUUCGGACGGCGAGCUGAUUAUCCAGUGUGAGAAGUGCAUGCGAUGGUUACACGCAUGCUGCGACUCGAUAAGGAGCGAGACGGAUGCGGAGACUUGUUGUAGAGCUGGCUACAACUGCGUGGUGUGCCGCGGGCGCGACUCGGCGCCGCCGCACCUCGCCAAGGCCAUCGAGGCGCCCCCCGCGCCGCGCGUCCCCCCGCCGACGGCCGCCGCGCUCGGGCUGGGCGGCGAGUACUACGUGGAUGACGUGUGCCUCUCGCAGCGCGGCGCGCACCACAUGAAGCAGCUCGAGGCCGAGAUGGGCAUCACGCACCAGCGCCGCAAGAGGCGCUUCAAGAACGAGACCACCGAGAAGGACCAAGUGGUUCAGAACGCUGACGUCGAGAUGCCGGACGACUCCAAGCCAGACAGCACGGCCGAAGUUAAGGAGGAACCUGGUAUCUCAAACGCGAACCUCAAAGAAGGCAUACUCUGGAACGUAGUAAACGAAGGUCCCCCACCUGAAGGCUUCACAGUCUACACCACGGAAUCCGGCCUAACUGUUCUGCGGAGGAAGAGGCAAAGGAACUUGAACAAGUUGGGGAUUGGCGGGUUCGUGGUGCGACAGAGACAGAACACUAAGGCGCAGGCUGAUGAUGAGAAGGAUGGUGAUGGGACGCAGGCGUCUGGAGAAUCACCAGGAAACAAGCGUAAGCCGCGUCGGAAACCGCGCUCUAAGUUGAUGGAACAGUUCCCAUCUUAUAUGCAGGAGGCGUUUUUUGGGAAAGAACUGUUGGAACCUGCGAAACCGGCCGUUAGUUCUACAGGAAACCCGUCGUCCAGCCCCAGCGGUCUAGCGCGCCCCGGCACGCCGGAGGGCUACCGCGAGCUGAGAGACUUCCGCCUGGAGCCCGACAACUCCGACAGUGAUGACGAGGAGGUGCUCGCCGCGCUCACCACCUUCAACGAUAAUGACAGCUCCUACAUUAUCACUCUCAACUCCGAGGAAGUAGAACUCCUAAACACUAUAAAGCCCAAAACGGAGAAAGAGGACCCAGACAACUCAAAAAUUAAGACUGAAGUCACGGAAGAAAGCUUGAAGCAUACUGAGGACUCAACAGCUCUGAAGAAUGCGAUUUUAGGACCGCAGCCCGCUGAGAGCGAGCAGACUGCUCCUUCGGAAAUACCCACAGUGCACAGUACUAAGACUGAAACUAUCAGUAGUGAAACGGGCGGCUCGUCCCAAGCGUCGACGAUAUCACCAAAAGAUGAUCUUUCGCUAUUGGGUGUCAAUUUGGACGCCAUGGUGCGAGACACUCUCCCAGAUAUGGACAGCAAUGAUGUUGAUGAGAUCUUCAAGGGCGUGCUGACUGACGAUUCACAGGAAUCUCAAGAAUCAUCCGUAUCAUACGUGAACUCCAUGGCCGGUACUCCGUACUCGCAGCAGCGGCAGCAGUUGCAAAGUCCGAUGGAGUACGCAUCGCCUUACCACACCGAUUUUGGCGGUAGCAGUAGCAACAGUGCCCUAAGCCCGCUGUUUUCGGAGUGCGGUAGCGGCGCCUGGGGCGGGGAUCAGCCCGCAGCGCCCACACCGUCGUACAACCAGCGCUCCGCCGAAAAGAUGCGUGCUGAUGAGAGCCUAGGUCCCGCCGCGACGAUAUCCGCAGUCCUAUACGCGAACACCAACCACCCCGAAUGGAAGACCGAAUUCCCCAACUGGACCGACCGCUGCAAGCAAAUCCUAAAGAAAUGGCGCGCGCUCCCCGUAGAACAAAAGGCACCUUACCUACAACGGGCGCGGGACAACAGGAGCGCUAUACGCAUGAAGAAGGCACAGCAGAGCGGAGGCAGCGCGGAGCCGGAGGCGCCUCGCGCGUCGACGCCGCCGCCCGCCGAGCGGCCGCCGCCGGUGCGCGCGCCCAACGUCACGGUCACCGCGGGCGGGCUCCUGGAGGCGGACCAACACAUCCGCGUGCUCACGCCCUCCGAGAUCAUGCGCACCUUGCCGCGCCUCGCCACCGUGCCGACCACGCUCGAAGGACAAAAUAUUAGGGUUUCCAAUUUUGACGGAACUCCGAAAGCGGUCGUGGUUAGCGAACGGAUCGUUCAGACAGCGAAGGCUGACGUCAUGGCGAAAGCAGCGAUGCAGCGGCUCCGAACGCCGGACUCCGAGCCACCGCCCUCGCCGGCGCCCGAGGCUCCUCGCAGCGCCUUCCCGACACAACGGUUCCAAUACGCGAACGAUGAUAAUAUCAACCGGCAACUGCGAGAUCUGCUACAGCGGCAUCCGGAGAAAAUGUGGCCUGGACAAGGGAGUACAGAAGAAGGCGGCGCCCCGACUGGUUUGGAAGGGCAGCAGUUCCGCCAACCUUUGCCGGUCGGGCUCCGGCCUAGAGCGCCACUCCCGCCCGGCCAGCGGCCUGACCAUCCGCUUCUGAUUCAUCAACGGCUAGUAGCACCCGAUGGCACGCCUAUACAGCAAACCGUCGGCAACCAGGGCCAACAAGUUGUUGAACAGAAGCCUCACGUCAUGCCACAAUCCAACGCUCAAGGCGGGGAGAACAAGCAGGAGCCCGGAGAGCACGGGAACGAUGAGAUGGACAUGGGUGACAUGGACAAACUGGAACAGGACGCUGGGAACAUUGGCGAGGUGGGCGACAUCCUCACCGGCCUAGGCGGCGAAGACGACGAGGAGCUCCUCGAGUCCCUAACAGCAGAAAUCGGCGAGCAGUUCAACAUCCUAGAGUACGCCGACCCCGAGCUGGCCGCGCUCAACGAUACAGAACAUAUUCUCGACGGGCUGGAGCUCGAGGAGGUGCCCGAGCGGCACGCCAAGAGGGAGCACCCCAUUGAGGAAUCGGAGCAGAAGCCGGACACCAAGAUGGACAGCGAGCUGCAGAAAGCGGUUAAGAAUAUCGAGGCGUCACAGUGCAAGCCUGAAGACGACAAGCCGCGGCUGCCGCACCAGCAAAUGCUACAGUCGGCGAUGCAAGCCAUCAAGGCGGAGGUUAAACUGGAGGGCGAGGUGAAGGCGGAGCCAGAGUGGCGCGCCACCGCGCCGCGCCAGCUGUUCCCGCAGGCCUUCCCCGCGCGCAUGCAGCAACAAGGCAUGGUGCAGCACGGGCAGUUCACGGGCGCUCCGCAGAUGGCCCAGCAGCUGGCGCGCCCGCUGCAGUUCCAGCACCACAUGCAAUUCGCACAGGGCGGCGCCAGUAGCGUGAAUUCGGCGAGCAUCGUCAAUGCCAUGCAGGCCCAGGUGAAAGCGGCAAUGCAAGCUGGACGUAAUAUAGCGCCAGGAACACGACUUGUGGGCGCGGACGGAGCCGUGGGCGUCGUCCGGCACGACCGCACCGUGCAGCUGCACACCCUGCCGCACUCAGCGACAGUGGGCGGCGUAUCUCGGCCGCCGCCGCCGCCGCCGUACCCCGGCACGCUCCGGCAGCCGCAACCGCCGCCGCCGCCGUACCCGCAGGUGCCCUAUGAAGCGGCGGACUGGGGCGACUGGCUGCAUCGACGCCCGCUGCUGCUGCAGAACGUAAACCAGGAGCAACCGUUGCUUCUGGAGGAGCUCUUGGAGCAGGAGAAGCGCGAGCAGGAGCGGGACGGCGAGUGGGCGACGGCGGCGCCGCCCGCGGUGGCGCCCGCGCCCGCGCCGCCCGCCGCGCCGCCCGCGCCGUGCAUCCCGCUGUACGCCGGCGCGCCGCCGCCCGCGCCGCCGCCGCCCGCCUCCGACGCCGACCACCACGCGCGCCUGCUCUACGAGCAGUGGCUCAAGGCCUACAACGCCUUCGCCGCCGACCAGCUGCGCUACUACGAACAGGAGGUGCAGAAGCUCCGUAAGAUCCGCAAGUCGCUCAACAGCAAGCAGCGGCAGCUGCGCAAGUCGGGCAACGAGCUGAUGCCGAACGACGCGGCGGAGCUGCGGCGCGUGUCGGCCGAGCAGGCCGCGCUGCAGAAGCACCUCGAGGCGGCCAGGAAGCAGUCCCGCCAGCACAGCAUGCUCAUACAAGAAUACGAGACGAAACAACGCCAGCAGAAUCCUCAAUUAGCACAGCAAUCUGUUAUAAGUCAACAACAGAUCACGACCAACCAGACUGUGUACACUCAGAACCAGAGCAUUCCCCAAUCGCCGCAAAUGCAGCAGACCGCCAUCAAUCGGCCGAUGCAAAUAGGCUUGCAGGGAACUGUACAGCAACAACAGAUUAUAAGGAACCAGCAAACUGUCCUAAGCUCAGAUGGACAGCAGAGGAUAGGUCUAGUGACGUCACCACUCAACGCCCAAGGCCGAAUACUCCAAAGCGGACGAACGCUAGUGAUAGAGCAAACGGGGUCACCCCAACAGCAACUAGUCAGGCAGCUUUCCGGGGUACAAGAGAGGCCACAAUCCGUCGGCAUGGUGCAGUUCGGUCAGCAACAACUAGGAGUACGGAAUACAAUGCCCGCGGGCGCGCAGACUCCUCGCCCAGCCGGAACGAGACCCGCCAUGUCGCCGCUACACGUGCAAUCUCCACAUUCGCAAUCUCCUUUACAUUCCCUAGCGCCGCAGUCGCCUUUACACCACCUCACCUCUCCCAUGCAAUCGCCGCUGCAUUCCCAACAGUCCCCUUUACACCACACGUCACAGUCUCCUUUACAUCCCUCGACGCAAUCCCCUCUCCACACCCAGCAGUCUCCGCUCCACUCUCAACAGUCCCCGAUGCACGUGCAGCAGUCUAACGUGCCGCAGCAAUCGCCGAUGCACCAAAGCCCGAUGCAUCAGAGCCCCAUGCAUCCGCAACAGAGCCCGAUGCAUCAACAAGGCUCAAUACAUCAGCAGAGUCCGAUGCACCAGCAAAGUCCGAUGCAUCAGUCUCCGUUACAUCAGCAAAGUCAGAUAUCUCAGCAAUCGCCGAUGCAUCCUCAGCAGAGUCCGAUGCAUUCGCAGCAGUCACCUAUGCACCUGCAGCAAUCGCCGAUGCACACGCAGCAGAGCCCGAUGCAGUCCUCGAUGUCACCGCAGCAUUUCCUGCAGCAGUUGCAGGCUCAGAGGACGAGUCCGCAGUUGCCGACGCCUAGUCGGAGUCCUCAAAUAUAUCAACAGUCACAAAUACAAAGCCCAGUUUCGUCACACUCACCUCAAAUGCAGACUGGUGACUAUACAACAAGUCGUUUUUCAAGACCAGCGCCCGGUUGUUCACCAUUACCUACCCGAUUCGCUAGACCACCGCAUCACCAGCAAGGAAUGAGAGUAGGCGUGCCGUUCGGCAGCCGGCAGCAGACUUCGCCGCUCGGCAGCCCGCAGCCUCUGCCUUCGCCCGGCAACCCCGCUAACGAGAUGGCGCGUCAGCAAAUGCUCCAGCGGCAGCAGUACAGCCCGAUGGGCGGCGCGCCGCCGUCGCCGUCGCUGUCGCGCUCGCCGCUCGUGCGCACCCCCACCCCCUCCGCCUCCCCCGCCGCCUCGCCCGCGCCGCACGCCGACCACGGCGGCGGCCACCACCACCACAUGGCGCCCAUACCGCCCGGAUAUAGAUACUUCAAGGUUGGCCUGUUCGGCGGCGCCCCCGUGUGGCCCAACAAGGAGGACGACCGCCGCCGGCCUCCCCACAUCAACAAAGUGUCCAUCCUGAAGCGCCGCACGCCGCCGCGGCCGAGGUUCGCCGGCAAGAGCGCGCCCGGCGCCUCCGACGACCGCCCCUCCGACGACUCCGCCGGCCACAGCCCCGCCGACGCCAGGGAGUUCGUCCUCUACUCCUCCGACGGAGUCGAGUACUCCGCCGUGUCCGACGACGCCGCGAGAAUGGGCUUCGCGAAAGACGACGACGACGAUAUAGAAGAAAUAGUCGAGGAACAUCUGGACGACGCCGACAUAGUGGUAGUUGAACCCGGAGCGAUAUCUCCCGAGGAACGAAUCGCGACCGAGGAGGACUUCGAGGAGCUCAUCGACAGCGGGAAACCUGAGGACGAAAUGGAGGAGGAAACGAUCCCUGAGAAAACUACCACGAGAACUGAGACCACAACAAAAACUGUAGCCGUUAUCAGCUUGUCCACCGCUAACAAAGCGUCCCCUAACGUCCAGCAGUACAAGCUGGUGAACCCGUCACAAAGCAGCACCUUGUCGAGGCUGCCGGUCUUGAGCGCCACCGUGCUCGCCCCGCAUGCCAACAAUAAGAUACUAAACGAACACUCGCAAGCGACUGUCGCUUCUGUUUCUAUUGCAAACCAAACCAUUUCAGUGCCAGUAUUAAAGAACCUUUCCGUUCCUAUCGGCGGCCAUGGAACCGGUGCGAAACCUCAGCUCAAAAAAGUGCCUCUUAAUUUAAAUAAUCCACCGUUAACCAUCAACAUGUCCACGCAUCCACAAUCGAAACCCAUCAGCUCAGUCAUUAGCGUUAUAUCUUCAAAUAUUCCCAAAACGGCAACCCUGAACCCCGUGAUCACGCUCGCCACGUCCAAUACCGCGGCCGGCGCUUCCAGAGUACCAGUGUCAAUACUAACGCAACACCAAGUCAAACAAAAAAUCGUCAAAACGAUUGAAAAGCCAAUGGCUCUGUCACUAUCUAACACUAAGCUCUCUAGUCUCUCAGUGACGCAUGACGCGACAUUGCCAGCGAAGAUAUUCCAAGACGAAGCGGCGUCCCCUGACAGCACAGUCGCCUCAGACACGCACGCAGAUAAAGAAAUACAUCAGAUUACUACAACUGCCCAACAUUUGGGUGGCAUGAGCUCUCAAGGGUUAGCUCAUUUAGAUCACAAACCGCCGCCAAUUAUUAAAGAAACUAGCAAAGAUAUCGACAUUGAGACUGAAAUUAGUCAGCAGACUGAACUACCGCAUUCGUUAUGUAUAACUGAUAGAACGCCAUUGCUUCUCGGUAAAGCGGACAUCAAAAGCCCCGAUCCUAUACCAGAAAAGAUUCCAGACAACAUCAUGGAAGGCGACGAUGAGGAUAAACCGGAGGACACUCUCCAAAGUAACCUGUUACUCUCUUACAACAAAUCGAUUACAGAUUCGUCACAAAAUACGUCAGCCGGUGACAAGCAAGCUCAAGAAAACGUGGUAAAGACUAUUAAAGCCAUCGCGAAUCAAACUAAAGAGAUGGUCAUAGAUUCCAACAUGCAAAUCACAUCUGAUAUGACUCAAGAAUCUGUACAAAUUUCUAUACCAUCUCCUACUCCGUCACAGGAGAGGUAUUUAAAUGAUAUCACUAUGCAAGAACACGCGGAAACUGUGGAGGGUAAUCAGAAACGCGUCGAAACCUUCGAAGACAUGCUAAGCAUGCUAGACAAUAUCACAGAUGACGCUAAACAGUUUGGAAUGAAGCAACCUAAUCCUAAACUGAAUCCGCAAACACACGCGCCGCAGAACCCUAACAUAAAUCCGGCCACGAAACCGGAAAAUAAGGAGCCAAUGGAGCAACACAGUUUCCCUAAACGAGACACGGACAGAUUGAGCUUGCAGUCUGCUACAGUGCCGCAGCUCUCGCCGCUGUCCCAACCAUCAGAGUUACAAUCUAACAUGGCCAACGUAUCCCAGCAACUGCGCACCAUCAUGUCUUCCUUAAAUACGGCCACAUCAAAAGUAGAUGCUCAAACUGUAUCCUCGUUAAUGAGGAAGAAUAGUGACGCUACAGCGCCCACCCAAGUCAAUUUUGAGAACCUUCUGCCGUCGUCUAAAGUCGAAGUAGCGGCUUCGAGACCAUCUCCGGUGCAGAGGAUGGAGAAACCAACCACAUCCAUUCCUAAUUCAGACAGUUUACCAAUGAGCGCGGCACAAAUGCUCGGGUCUCGAGUCAACACGCUAUCAUCAAUGGGUCAAAACAGAAAGUCCCCUACUGUAUCACCCAUAAGCUCUCCUGUAGGCAUGCAAAAUACAUUAAUGAAGUCCCCAGCUCAAUCGCCACUGAUUACUAACCAGGGUUUCUCUUCCAACGAAGAUAUGAACCCUACGUCUGUAGCUUCACAAAUUAUUCAAAUGCCAGCGCUCUCUAAAAUACACAGCUCGUCCGCGCCGCAGUCCAUAAUGCACUCCAACAACACUAUUACUACCACCGUCAGCGGAUUCCAAAAAGGACAACCAUUACCUACCAGCAUAUUGGGGCACACAUUGCUUCAGCCCACAAGACAAAUUAAUACAAGCAAUCUCCCAUUCAAUCCUCAAAGUAUUAGCUCUAGUCAACCGCCGGCAUUAGUGAUGACUUCGCGACCCGUGAUGGGCAAGGAGCCUCCGCCAAACGUGACCGUCCGCGCUCACACUCUAGUUAGCCCAGGAAUGAGCCAAAUUAAUCAAAUGCAGAAACCUGCCCAGGGACCAAUUAAUUUUAUCACGUCUUCCAAAUUGUUACAUACGCAACUAACUUCACCGUUGAAACGAUCAAAAUCCACUGACGAACCUAAGACUGAAGUUAUUGUAGGUCACAUACAGCCUACUAAGAGACAUAGCGUGGAAUCGGUCAUUGUCAAAUCGGAACCGAUGGAGACCGACGAGCCGACGGCGACUUCCACGAUAGUCACAGACAACGCUGGUAACAAAAUCAUACAGCAAACUUCAGCCAAUCAGAGAAACGAUGAGUCUCAAAAUGUGUUGUUAAAACAACUCCUGCAAACGACCACGACGGCUGCAACUGUUGUUCCGCAGCGGACGAUGACUAUUCAAAGAACCGCACCUGCUCUAGGAACAAUACCCUCGCUAGAAGCGCAGCUAGCGAGACCUUCAAUACCACCAUCCACUUUAGCCUUGUCGCAAGAAGUGGAAAUACCUAAAAACUCACCGCGGCAAAUCAUGACGCAUAAUACACAAGUUAGUUCUCCCUACUCUAGUCGACCGGGAAUGCAGACUAUCCAGACGAUGCAGGGCAUGCCCAUGCAGACUUCCAUUCCAACGUCUUCAAUGUCACCUUUGAUGCACUCCUCCACCCAAUCGCUUAUGGACGUACGAAAACCAAAUAUGAAAAUUAUGACCAAAGAAGAGACUACACCGUUGCCGGAGAGUUCACCUACAAUCAAGACGAUGCCAAUGUACCCCAUGGGCAUGGACGCUCAGCAACUACAUCAAGCGAUUAAGAAAGAAGUCACGCCGCCCCAACAGAGUCCCGUCAUGAGACCCUUCACGCCCAUGGACGUCAAGAAAGAGCUGCUCGAUGAGAGCUCCCAACAAUCCGCGACUUCCGGAAUCUCCACGGCUUCAGACCAAGGGAAACUCGACCAGCCGAUGAAGGAGGAGUUCCCUGAAAGCGUCAGCAUGGAUCCGUCGGCGGAAGCUAACGCUCCAGAAACGCCCUCCGAAGCUAAAAAACGCAAGAGGCGAGAAUAUCAGCAGAAGAAGAGGAAACAACUGCAACUGAACAUGAAAAUGGCAGCGGAAAAUAAUGUGAGUGCGGCGAACGCCAAGAAGAGACCGCGAAAGGGCUCACGCUAUGAAGAAGACUAUGACACGUUUAUUGACAAUUUAAUGGCUCAACUUCGACUUCUUCAGCCAAUGCAAAUUCAAGAACCAUCCCUAACUACGAACUUUGCUGUCUGCCCACUUUUCGGUUCCGGAGACUUGACGAAGUUAAAGAACAAGGACUACGAUAUUAUGAAAGGCGACCUGGUAGGAGAAUUCGGAAACGCAAAGAUUCCGAAUGUCGCCGACUACUACAAUACAAAGCCUUUCGGAGACGAUGAGCCCCUCCCGGAGAAACCUCAGACGUCUACUCAAAGAGGUUUCUACGAUCAAGAAUUCCAGCCGAUCGUGUUUGACGAAGAUCCUGAAGAUAAGAAGCUGGACUUCAUUUGUAAGGAGCGAGACACAGACACUCCGGAUAGCAUAGUCAGCUGUUCGAGUCCCGAGUGCCUUGACAUCGAGCCAGCGAACCGCUUCCCUGGCUUGAAACUCAUCGAUGACGACGAAGAAGACGAGGACAGUGAUUCCGCAAUGUCUGGUAAAGUGUCCCCGAUUAUACCUCUCAUCGCGCCUGUACCUAUCAGAGUCAAACCAGUCUCCCUGUUCCAUUUGAAGGACGAGGAUGGCUCGACGGCCCUGAAGUGCCUUGACUCAGACUCGCCCAUGAAGACUGUCGACUCGCCAGGCAGCACAGAGAGCAACGAAAACGUAACAGUGACGCUAACACUCACUUCCGGUGCCGCUGAAGAUAUACUAGGGGUAUUGAAAGAACUGGCUGGAAUUUUACAUAUACCGCCACCAACUUCCUACCAAAUCGUAGAAAGAACGGCUACGCCACCGUCACAUAAGUUGGGGCUGUACAGAUCAAAAGGUAAAGAUGGGAAGGAGGGCACGCCUAUUGACAUUCAAAGUAUACUCAACGGAGCGGCUAAGUUCUGCCGUCACUGCGAUGUAGUCAUUUUAGAUUCCGUCGUCAGAGCAAAGGCAUCCGAAUUUCCAUUGCUAUCGGCAAAUAAAGGCAACGCCGAAGACAUUCUUUGCGAUAGCGACUCGGAGUUAUACUUCUGUAGCACGCAAUGCUACGAAAGAUUCGCUUGGCGACCCACUAACAUUAUUCUAGACGGAAAGUCGAAAGCACCAGUAAAAGAAGAUGUCAAGUCUGACAAUGAGACUAACCUAUCAAAAGACCGCGACGACUUCGACACGGCGUCCACGGAGAGUAUGGAAACUGACGAUUUGGACAUCAAACCCGACAUCAAGGACGAGAAAAUGGAUUUGUCCUUUAUGGACUCACUCGACAACGAUGAGCUGAUGAAGGAAGUCGGCGAAGAUGUCGGAUUAGGCGGUUUAGAUGAAGACCUUAAGAAUGAAUCUGAUGAAAAGAGCAACCAGAGCGUAGAGAAAGAAAAAUAUAGAGGCAUUCGUUACAAAGCUUGGUCACCUGGUUGCAUCGGGCCACCUGUUAAAUACAAGCGACCGACGGAUCGGGAGCUCACCGAGCUCGUAUUUAGAACUGGGGUUGCUAUAAUGCCGGUGACGACGGAAGAUUCUAGACGUUGCGAGCUAUGCGGGAUCCAAGGAGACGGAGUAGCGGACGGUGUCUCUCGACUGUUGAACUGUGACGUGGACCGGUGGGUGCACCUGAACUGCGCGCUGUGGUCGGAAGGGGUGUACGAGACGGUGAGCGGCGCACUCAUGAACGUGGAGACGGCGCUGGCGGCCGGCUCUAACGCCACGUGCGCCGUGUGCCGCCGCCUCGGAGCUACCGUGCGCUGUUUCAAGAACUGCUGGAAGACUGGCGGAAGGCAAGAGACUAAUGCCAAGAAUUAUUCAAAGGUGCGGUGCGGCAGUGUGUACCACCUCGGCUGCGCCGUCAAAGACAACUGCGUCUUCUACAAGAACAAGACUGCUUUCUGCGCGUCACACGCACCCAAGAGCGAAAAAGACAACGAGCUGACAACCCUGAGCGUGCAACGUCGCGUGUUCGUGUCGCGCGACGAGCAGCGACAAGUCGCGUCCGUCAUGCUGCACUCUGACACCAACCACCUCAUCCGCGUGGGCGGCCUGAUCUUCCUGAGCCCAGGGCAUCUGCUGCCGCACCAGCUCGCAGCUUUCCAUACGCCCAACUAUAUCUACCCUAUUGGAUACAAGAUUGUGAGAUUCUACUGGUCGAUGACGCGCGCGAACGCUCGCUGCCGCUACGUGUGCUGGAUCUCGGAAGACCAGGGCCGGCCGCGCUUCCACGUGCGCCUGCAGUCCGAGCCCGAGCAGGACAUGAGCGCGCCCACGCCGCGCGCCGCCUGGGCCAAGGUUUUGGACGCAGUGGCAGCGUUGCGCGAGGCCCGCGGCGAGUCCGGAGUUCUAAAGCUAUGGCCCAACUACGUGACCGGAGAAGACCUGUUCGGGCUCACCGAGCCGGCAGUCGUGCGAGUGCUCGAGAGUCUUCCCGGCGUAGAAACCCUGACCGACUACCGCUUCAAGUUCGGGCGCUCGGCUCUGCUGGAGGGCGGGCUGGCGGUGAACCCGUCGGGCUGCGCGCGCGAGGCGCGGGGGCGCGCGGCGUGGCGGCGCGGGCCCGCCGCCACGCCGCGCGCGCUCGCCGCGCCCGCGCCCGCGCCCGACCACCCAGCCUGCCCCUACACCAAGCAGUUCGUGCACACCAAGAGCAGCCAGUACAAGAAGAUGAAGUCCGAGUGGCGCAACAACGUCUACCUCGCCAGGUCGAAGAUCCAAGGGCUCGGUCUGUACGCGGCGAGAGACAUCGAGAAGCACACGAUGGUGAUUGAAUAUAUCGGCGAGAUCAUCCGCUCGGAGCUCUCCGAGAUCCGUGAGAAACAAUAUGAGGCGAAGAACCGCGGCAUCUACAUGUUCCGGCUGGACGAGCGGCGCGUGGUGGACGCCACGCUGUCGGGCGGGCUGGCGCGCUACAUCAACCACUCGUGCCAGCCCAACUGCGUGGCCGAGGCCGUGGAGGUGGACCGCCACCUGCGCAUCAUCAUCUUCGCCAAGCGCCGCAUCGCUCGCGGGGAGGAGCUGGCGUACGACUACAAGUUCGACAUCGAGGACGACGCGCACAAGAUCAUGUGCAUGUGCGGCGCGCCCAACUGCCGCAAGUGGAUGAACUGAACACCGCGACAUACCUGACGGUGACCACACACCCGGACCCGACUCGCAGCAGAUAGUGAGCGAACCUCUAUCCUUGUCGUAUUGGUUUCGUUUUAGUGUAAAAAGGCUAUGAAACCUAGUUUUUACCAAAGUGAUUUUAGUACCCCUAGUUUUAAGUGUAAAAAGUCUUAGGUAACCGAUUUCACUUUCUCGAGCUGGCAAGUGUGAUUUAGCAGUAAGAAUAAUGAUUUACAGGAUAAUCUAUAGUUUAUUAUAAUUUUAUAUGUAGACGUCGCGACGUUUGGACACUUUUUUGUACAUAAUAUUAAAUCGGUAUAUGAAACGUUGUUAUUGAAUUUUGAUGUUUUAAAUGUGACAUUUCGUAGCGUACUGAUUGGAGUAUUUUUAAUUUAAUAUUUUGAUAUGUUCUAUGAACGUUCGGUGUGGCCGCUGUUUUCUAUUGACAUUUUAUGAUUUUAAUUUAAAUAUAUUUUUUCAUGGAUGACUUUCUAAAUUGUUGUUGAAUCUUAUACAAAUAAAAUAAUGAAUCGAUAUGGAAUAAUAUAAUAGUUUUGAUAAUCUCACAGCGAUAAAAUACUUUAGGUAACCAAAUAGAAGAAUAUGCAUUUAGUACACUAGGCACGAGUAUAUUUUAUGAAGUCACAUUACGUAUGCCUUGUGGUGCCUGUUUUGUACGACGUAGUACGUUAACGUUACGGUAGGAUAGGACACCACAGCACGCCUUGGUCGCCCGACCCACCCUAUACUAACUAGUGUAUACGUGUUUAUGUAGCGUAGCGCUCGCGAGACUUCCACACGAGUACUAGACGAUGUAGUGAUGCCAGUGAGCUAUUACGAUACCGGUCAACGUAGUCACUUAAACAUACACUCGAUUUUAUAUUUAAUCGUCUUUAUAACAAUCUUAGAACUAUGAAAUAAAACUAUUUAAUAUAAGACUCAGAUCAUAUUUUUAUCAGACAUCAGACUGCACUUUGAUAAGACAUAGUUAAUGAAUUUUCUGCGAGCUGUAGGUAGUGUAAUUUAUAUGAAUAGGUUAUUUUUCCAAAUGUGAUAUUACCUCACAUGACGUCACAUGUUCAUUUUGUAGUGGCGACUUAGACCUAGUGUUAGAUAGUUAUCUUAGGGAACAUGAAGCUGUCCUAGCUGAACGGAGUAGCGACGCGUUACGGAAAUAUCAAAGCCGGCUGUGACUGUCACUUGUCCUAUGUUAGAUCAGUUUGCGAAUAUGUAUGAAGUUCGCAACGCGCUCGCGCCGUUUUCCCAGGACAGCGGUAAUUCUCCUCGGUAAACAAAGUGAUAUGAUAUAUUAUCGGCAGUAGACAACGCGACGCCGCCCGGCUGAGCGCUGUGUCAAUAAUAUCUUAGUUCGAGUUUAUAGAAAUUUAUUUUAACACGAAGUUGCCAUCUACCAAUGUUAUAAAAUCAUGCAAUGUAAUUUUAAGUGUUAAAUGUGCAAUAUCGUAUCUUGAAUACACAUUGUAAAUAAUCCGCUGGUAGUAUCUUUAUUACCUGUAUUGUAAUCGCGAAAUAGUUUUUUAAAAAUUGUACUACGAUAAUCGUUUCAAUUAUUAUGUUCUCAUGCUUUUCUAUUGACUUAUUUAUUUAAAGCAUUCCCAUAAUAUUGCACUGAUUUAAAAGUCGAUCCAAUCUAUUGUUUCAGAGUUAUGUAUGACAAUGUUUGUAAAUGGAAUACUGUAGAAAUAUUUCUAUACAAUACUAUUUUUAUUGCAUUAUUUUCCUAUCAUUAAACCUAAAUUAGUAAAA